ACGCAGAUGUGAAAUGUGUGUUCACUAGCAAGUGGGAAAGCUCGUCGUUAAGUACUGUAGAAAUUACUACGAACGAUGCCCUGCAUUUUUCUGUCUUUAAAAGAAACUAGCAUAUCAAUCCACUCAUGUAGCGAGCUGCUUACCUAAAGAAUAUUUCCUGGAUAAUACAGUCAUAGACGUCUAAUUUCAAUAUGAAUGAGCCAGAGGGACUGCGUUUCAGGAGGCUGAACAGACCACAAAUAAUCACAGACGAAUUACAGGAACCUCAAUACAAGGGCACCAGUACCUACAGUGGAAAGGUGUUCCGUGUGACCCUGGUGACACUGGGAGGAUGCCUGAUCCUUCCAUUGCUUGUAGUAAUCUUUCUGCUUGAGUCUCCCAUUCAGCCUGAGGUGCUCAGCCUCAAUGAGCCACCACUUUUGUCUGGCUGUUACGAGCCCAACUUUAAGCUGAGGGAGGCACAGCGGCUAUUUGAGGACCAGCUCGUUGGCCCGGAGUCUAUCGCCAACUUCGGGGAUGUGCUUUACACUGGUACGGCGGACGGGAAGAUAGUAAAGAUUGUAGGCAAAACCAUCAGUGUUGUAGCCAGACUUGGGAAGCCACCCUGCGAUGGAGCCCGUGAGCACGAGCCCAGUUGUGGACGGCCCCUGGGAAUCAGAGUUGGUCCAAACGGCACCCUGUUUGUAGCUGAUGCUUACCUUGGACUGUUUGAGGUCAACCCAGUCACAGGGAAGGUGACCAACCUGGUAGCAGCCGGUCAGAUGGUUGGCGGCCGGCGGCUCUCCUUCGUCAAUGACCUGGACGUAACGCAGGAUGGCAGGAAAGUGUACUUCACGGACUCCAGCAGCAGGUGGCAGCGGAGAGACUACCUUCACCUCAUCAUGGAGGCCACAGCAGAUGGACGCGUGUUGGAAUAUGACACAGAGACUAAGGAGGUGACUGUGUUGAUGGAGAACCUUCGUUUUGCCAACGGGAUCCAGCUUUUCCCUGAUGAGGAGUCCGUGCUGGUGGCCGAGACAACUAUGGCCAGAAUACGCCGGGUUCACGUGUCAGGUCUAAAUAAGGGAGGGAUGGACACGUUUGUUGAAAACCUGCCUGGUUUCCCGGACAACAUCCGUCGUAGCUCUUCCGGGGGGUACUGGGUGGCGAUGUCUGCGGUGCGGCCCAACCCUGGGUUCUCCCUGUUAGACUUUCUCUCCCAGAAGCCCUGGAUCAAGAAGCUCAUCUUUAAGCUCUUCAGCCAGGACACGCUGAUGAAGUUCGUGCCGCGCUACAGCCUGGUGCUUGAGCUUCAGGAGAGUGGCGCGUGCGCACGAAGCUUCCACGACCCCCACGGCAUGGUCGCCGCCUACAUCAGCGAGGCCCAUGAGCACGACGGCCACCUCUACCUGGGCUCCUUCCGCUCCCCGUACCUCUGCAAGCUGGAUCUCAGCAAGGUGUGAGGCUGGAGGCCGGGCGCUUUCAGCCGUGACACUAACCCUUCCGCGGUGUUGGAGUGCACCUCAACCCUGACCCCAGUGAUCCGGCCCCCAAAGGAUUGUUUUCCACUGAAUAAUGAAUAAUAAUUGACCCGAAUGGCUUAGUGCUCGAUGUGCUGCAUUCACACUGCUUUUUAUUUUUUUGGCCAGCUUCAGGAAAACAUAGUCUAGACAUCAAGUACCACUGUAUGAACUACUGAGGCCCAUUAGGUUGAGACGUGUGUCCAAUCCUUUCCUGUCUUGUCAGCCUACAAUUGAUCCAUUAACCCUUUACGUUCUGUCGACUGGCGUGAUGGUGUGUUUCAGUUGAAACACAAGGGGCUCAUUUGAAAAAGUCCUCGGGAUUAGACCGAAACAUUUGCGCAGAAAUUCCCAUGUUCUAAGUUACUUUUUUUUUUUGAGGUCUGUGUUUCCUGUUCUUGAAUUGAGGUGCCAAUUAUUUUUAUUUCUGCUUUGUGUAAAGCCUUUAGUACUUAAAUAACUUAGAUGACUACGUUCUCCUCACACACUUAAUAUAAUUGACAAUGUUAUUCUUGUACUUAAUAUUUUAAAGACCAUUGUAUCUGUUAAAACAGAUGACAAGAACACUGAAUCAGUAUCAUUUUAGGUGUGCCACUUGAUUUCUGUUGUGUAUUGAGAUAUUCUAGGGCUAGUCAAACAAACAAAAUCAGAUAAAGAAUCAUAUGCAUUAAUUGUUUCUGCAUUAUGUGUAUUGCAUUGUCAACUGCCUCACUUAACGUAAUUUUUUUGGGCUCAAUGUUGAAUGCUGCCGCCCUUCAGCUGGACGUAUGCUGAACUUUGAAUUAAAACUUGAGUAAUACGA